AUGGUUAAACAAUUUACGAAUAUACCGUUACCUGAAGGAUGGGAUCAAAUUAAAGAUGAGUUAGAGAAAUAUAAUGAAAUGAUGAGGGAGGCCGAGAAUUCUUCUUCUAAAGGUAGGAAGAAAAACGAAUAUUUGUGGCCAAUUUACAGAAUUAACCAUUUGAGGAGUAGAUUUAUAUACACAAAAUAUUACUUGGAUAAAGAGAUUUCCAGAGACUUAUAUGAGUACUGCUUGGACCACGGAUAUGGUGACAAAGACUUGAUUGCAAAAUGGAAGAAACAGGGUUACGAGUAUCUUUGCUGUGUAAAUUGUAUUUCCACCUCAAAUACCAAUUAUGGAACAACUUGUAUUUGUAGAGUUCCUAGAGACCAGCUAGAGGAGGAUAUUGAGUGUGUCAAUUGUGGUUGUAAUGGUUGUUCUACUUAA